GCAAACAGAGCUGCGCACAAAUUGCCACCAUCUUGUGGUGGUGGCCCUCGCAACGGGAUCAGGGCAGCAAGAAAUUGUGCGACAAGCAACAGCAAUGCCAUUUCAAUUCCUGCGGGCGCGGCGUGAGAGUUGCUGCUAAGGCGAGCGAGCAGCAAGUACAUCGAAUCACUGCAACAGUUGCCAUGCAGCAAAUCACAAUACGAAUUCACACACUGCGCAAUUAGUGAGAACCGCGUUUGCAGCCCCUUUGAGCGCAACAGUUGUUGUUGUUGUGUUGCUGUGUUGUUGUUGUUGUUAUUGUUGCCCUUGAACGUGCAGCAUGGAGCCCGUUGGCGCAGUUACGCGGGGCAAGCCGCAGGACUCUGGCACAUUGUCGCGCCUAGAUUUUGAUGGUGGUCCCGUUAGCAUUGAUGAAGUCGAAACUGGCCUAUUUCUGGGCAACGUGGCGGCAGCUACCCAUAUGGAAACGCUCAGAUUCUUCAAGAUAACGCACAUACUCACGCUGGACUCGGUGCCGUUGCCGCAGCAUAUUGUGGAGUCGAGCCUUCUGACCACCAAAUACGUGCAGAUUUCCGACAUGCCGCGCGAGGAUAUACUGCAGCAUCUGGAGUCUUGCGUGGAGUUCAUAACCAAGGCGCUCGAGGAACAGUGCAAUGUGCUCGUGCACUGCUACUUUGGCGUCAGUCGCAGCUCGUCGGCGGUGAUCGCGUACUUGAUGAAGCGCCACGGACUGGACUAUCAGCCGGCGUACGAUCUGGUGCUGGCCAAGCGUCGCUUUGUCCAGCCGAAUGUGGGCUUUGUGUCGCAGCUGAAGCUCUACCGUCGCAUGGGCUACAAAAUUGAUCCCAACUAUCAGCGCUACAAGAUGCAUCGGCUGCGUCUUGCCGGCGAACAGGUGCGCAAGGCCAAGAUAUUGCCGCAGAGCUUCCACGGCGUUGUGCGUCCCGAUCCGGAUAUCACACGGGAGAAUCCCGAGCCGAUUGUCUUUCGCUGUCGUCGCUGUCGACGCGUGCUCGCCUCCAAGUCGCACGUGCUGGAGCAUCGACCGCGCAACAUGCCGCGCAACAUGCCGCGCUUCCAGCCCGUCGAACCGAGGCAGCUGGCGAGUGCUCCGACUAGCUCCGGCUCGGAGCCACGUCUGCUCGAUCAGCUGGCCGAGCGCAUACGCAAGGCCUCGCUGGGCUCGACCAGCCAAGAGCAUCCAGGACCCGUCGCCGGCUCGAGCAAUUACUGUCGCAGCCUCUUGUUUGUGGAGCCCAUCGCCUGGAUGCACCGCGUCAUGCUCAAUACCCAGGGUCGACUCUACUGUCCUAGGUGCGAGCAGAAGAUUGGCAACUUUAGCUGGGUGAAUGCUUGCCAGUGUCCGUGCGGCGAGACGACGACGCCCGCAUUUUAUUUGAUACCUUCCAGAGUGGAGCUCUCCAAGGCCGUGCAGAAUGUGCAGACCACGGUCUAAAAGUCGCGCAGAUUACACUCCAUACAGAUAUAUAUAUAUAUAUAUAUAUAUAUAUCCGUAUAUACCUAUCUAAAUAUAAAUGUAUACAGGCAACAGAUCCAAUGUAAUAGUUAGCCAAUGAAAUUCGCCGAUGCUGAUUUAAUUAUAGUUUCAUUUAAGUUGGGUUAGUCGGUUAACCUGGCCAGACCUAGCAUGCAUAUACAUAUACAUAUAUACAUAUAUACAUAUAUAUACAUAGAUGUAUAUAUGUAUGUAUAUGGACAAAGGGAUGAAAUCGGUUUUUGUGCUGUUCCAUAAAUAUGCAUUUCGCAUUUGGUAUUUGCAUCGCUUUUUGCAUAUUCCAAAAAUAUGAAUAUAUAUAUAAAUGUUAUUGUUAAUUAUUAUAAAUGUAUUUACAUAAUUUUGAAAUAACCUUUUGGAAAAGUAUUUUGCGCAAAGCCACAAACAAAAAGAAACAAAACGUGUCAAAAAAAAAAAAAAAAACAAAAGAGAAAUUUAUAAAACAAAAUGUGAACAUUUUCGGUGACAAUAUUUGAAAAUUUAAACUUUAAUUAUGCUAUUAAUGUUGUACUACAAUAUGAUAUAGUAAUCCGAUGUUAUAAAUGUUGUGCUAUAUGAUAUAGUUAUCCGAUCUGCAGCAAGCUCCAUCGGAUCGGAAAUGUUUGUUCUUAUUCCAAAAAAAAUGUGUUACAAAUAAUAAAACUCUACCACGAGCAUCAAAGAGAAAA